AUGUCUUCUAAUUCGGAUACUAGGGAUUUACAAGAGUCUUUAAAGCACGGACUUACACCUAUUGAUAACACAGAAAAUACAGGCACAAGAAAGAUGAGAGAGAAGCACAAAACGAUUUCGCAUCUUUUUCGUCCGUCUGAACCGCCGCGGUGUGCAGGCGAGGAGUCCUUCCCGGUAGCUCCGCGCAGCUCCGGCUCCGCGUCGAGGGCCGCAGCUAGAGCGCGCUCGGGCCGGAGACGCGGACUGAGCGCGCACGGGGGACGCGCGCACGGGGAACGCGCGCUCGGGGGCUCGCGCCCGCGCGGGCGGUCUUGGGCUCCCGCUGCGCGCAGCCCCAGCUGGCCGCUGCCAAAAGGGCUGGGAACCAGAGGACUGUCGGUCCAGCCCAUGAGAGGCUGCUGGGGACUAAGCCUCAAGAAAAGUACCGAAGAAGGCUCUCCCCUGGCCUCAGCGAGCCUACCCCAACUUCCUAAACCUGUGCAGGCACUUCCGGGCGCCGGAUUCCGGGAUAACAAAAUUCCAGUUUCCGGUAAAAGAGACCUCUUUCAGGAUCUUGUUCGCAGCCACCCGCCCCUUCCCAACUCAAGCACACCCCCUCCGCCUCCUGGUAUUGCAGCCCCGCAGGUGGUUCAACUCGCAGGGCUGCCAACAGACAGUGAGAAGGAACUGAGAGGAAAUUCAGAGCAUGUACUUGUUAUAGAGUCAGUGGGGGUUGAUGUUGAUGUCUUAAGUAGUUAUUUACACGUGCAGCAGAAAGGCUUUUUUUUAAAAACGAGGCACGACUACUCACCUAUUCACGUUUGCUUUUUUAGAUCUUCGGUCAACUCGACGCUCCCCGCCCGCACGGGUCAAGCGCGCGGUGGCCGACCAACACUUCCCAGGUCAGGUCGAGCUGAUUGCUCCCAGCUCGCGCUCCGAAAUGCGGUGCUGAACCAAGGGAAGGAGGAGCGGGCGGUGGAGGGAGGGGAAGGAGUCGCCCGAGCCGUCCGGGAGCAGUGGCAGCGGCACAGCCGAGGCGGCAAUAGCAGCCCCGCGGUCGCCUUCGCUGCCCGCUGGGAGCUCGGCGGUUCACCGCUCCGCGCCCCGGGCAGCUGCGUCCUAGCCACCGCCGCCGCCUGCGCCCUUGCGGAGCCGAGCCAGACGGGCACCCGGGUCUCGCCUUCCUUCUUUUCGCCGGAGUUGAAUCUGUGCUGCCCGUGUCCAGGUGCUGGGCUUCCGGACCGACACGGAUCCCCCGUCCCCGCCCGCGGUCGCCUUGUCAUGCUGCCCAAAGUGGAGACGGAAGCCCUGGGACUGGCUCGAUCGCAUGGGGAACAGGGCCAGAUGCCGGAAAACAUGCAAGUGUCUCAAUUUAAAAUGGUGAAUUACUCCUAUGAUGAAGAUCUGGAAGAGCUUUGUCCCGUGUGUGGAGAUAAAGUGUCUGGGUACCAUUAUGGGCUCCUCACCUGUGAAAGCUGCAAGGGAUUUUUUAAGCGAACAGUCCAAAAUAAUAAAAGGUACACAUGUAUAGAAAACCAGAACUGCCAAAUUGACAAAACACAGAGAAAGCGUUGUCCUUACUGUCGUUUUCAAAAAUGUCUAAGUGUUGGAAUGAAGCUAGAAGCUGUAAGGGCCGACCGAAUGCGUGGAGGAAGGAAUAAGUUUGGGCCAAUGUACAAGAGAGACAGGGCCCUGAAGCAACAGAAGAAAGCCCUCAUCCGAGCCAAUGGACUUAAGCUGGAAGCCAUGUCUCAGGUGAUCCAAGCUAUGCCCUCUGACCUGACCAUUUCCUCUGCAAUUCAAAACAUCCAUUCUGCCUCCAAAGGCCUACCUCUGAACCAUGCUGCCUUGCCGCCUACAGACUACGACAGAAGUCCCUUUGUAACAUCCCCCAUUAGCAUGACAAUGCCCCCUCACGGCAGCCUGCAAGGUUACCAAACAUAUGGCCACUUUCCUAGCCGGGCCAUCAAGUCUGAGUACCCAGACCCCUAUACCAGCUCACCCGAGUCCAUAAUGGGCUAUUCGUAUAUGGAUAGUUACCAGACCAGCUCUCCAGCAAGCAUUCCACAUCUGAUACUGGAACUUUUGAAGUGUGAGCCAGAUGAGCCUCAAGUCCAGGCUAAAAUCAUGGCUUAUUUGCAGCAAGAGCAGGCUAACCGAAGCAAGCACGAAAAGCUGAGCACCUUUGGGCUUAUGUGCAAAAUGGCAGAUCAAACUCUCUUCUCCAUUGUCGAGUGGGCCAGGAGUAGUAUCUUCUUCAGAGAACUUAAGGUAUGCCACCAGCUAUUACAACGUACAGUACCCCUUUUAAGAGAGACCUAACUAUGUUCCUAAUUAAUACAUUCUUGGUGCUGAAAAUACAUUUUCCUUAAUUUUCUACUUUGUAUGAUUUACAGAGUAGAUGUAAUUUUAUUACCUUGACUUCAGGACUAUAGCAGCUUAACUUUAUGGGGCUUUGAUUCUGUGUAGCUCUUAAUUUAGGGGGAUGGCAUUUAACAUAAAGUACAGGAA